UGCCCAAGCUCACUUCGCUUCAACAUCAAAUGGACGCGUCUCUAGUACCUGCAUCCGCGACGCCUUCACUGCACAACUUCCUCUUCUUGGGCAACCCUGGAACAGGGAAGAGCACGCUGAUCAACUGCCUUGCCGGAACUUCAAUAUUUAAAUCGGGGUUGAGCUAUGGAGGGGGGUUGACCAAGGAGUUCCAGAAACGUAUUCACGACAAUGUCCAAUACAUGGACACACCCGGUCUGGCCGACCGUGACAUUCAAGAAAAUGCCGCGGCUGCCAUAACAGAAGCGCUCAGCCAGUCCGGAAUGUAUAAACUCUUCUUCAUGGUGCGGCUUGAAAACGGCCGCGUCGUCAGCGAUGAUCUCGCAACCAUUGAAGUUGUCCUCAGCUCCAUCGAUCUGAAAGAAAUCCCAUUCACAGUCCUUAUCAACAAUGUUAAGAAACGCCAAUACGCCCAAAUGAUGGAGAAAGGGCCCGACUUCGUGAAAGUCGUGACGCUGAUCAAUUCUACCAAACACACGACGUCACACAUUGCGUUCAUCCCUGUGAUCGACGCUCUGGACGAGGAGGACAACGCGGUGACGAAGCUUCCACCUGAUGUUGAGCACCUCAUUCGAUUCCACGCCCCAACUGUCGAAAUAUCUCCCAAUGACGUGAGGUCCAUCAGGAUUGAAGACUUCAAGAAGGUGUCGGAAGAACUUCGAGAGGAGCAAGAAAAGCUUCUCAACGACACGGCGCUGAUGAAACGUCGGAUUGCUGAGCUUUCGACGAAGCCUAACUUCUUUAGCUGCACCUGGAGAAAAGUAGCGGCACUUUUCGAUGAGCACAUCAUGCAGCCAGUUGUCCAGCGUACGCAUUCACGUCGACCUAAUGCCGACAUUCGGACGGCGAAGCCACAGGAAAAUAAACAUUUUGAUUCAGCCGAUGACGGGAUAGUUGCACACGCAGUGGAUACUGGAACUAUGGAUGCGGUUAAUACCACUGGAGCUCCCAAUGUUAUUGCGGAAGAGAAGCCACAACCGUCACCCCCGAACGAGCAGAAUGAAACCAUGAACUUGGCUCACAACAUAUCGGGUAAGAAUAUUGAGCGGUACAACGAUCGAGCUCAAGAAUUACAGACCGAGGCAGGGGAACGCUUGGUUGAAAUUGGAGUGGCUCCUCCAAGCAAUCUCUCCAAGAUACCGGAACUUCAACGUGUGCAACACGUUGGUGAUCCAGUUCUGCACACUGAGGCUUUUCGACUGCGGUAUCUGGACGAUGGUGGAGACGAAGCGAUGCAGCCCUAAUUGUGUAGUCUUUUUAAUAGGUAGUGCUUCGGUACGUAGUAGACGUACGAAAUAGUGCAAGUUUAUGGAAUAUCACUUCUAUUGAAUAAUACCGCGUAUAGAAAAACCUCA